AUGCUUGUACUAUCCCGUUCCUGUUGCCCGCAAGAAAUGCGACUCAACUGCCGCCAUGCACAAUAUUUUGUAUAGGGCGGCUGUAGUUUGUAGUGCUGGCUGGACAGUAACGAUAGAUGGGAGGAGACGGCAGGGCGGCCGUCUCACUGACCUGUCGGAGGGAUCUUGCAAGUGGCAGUCUGCAUCAGGAACUCUCAGUUGGGCUUAAGGGCGCAGGAAGCGGGGACGAAAGGAGCACUUCUGCCGAAAGUUCGGAAACAGCUGGUCCCAAGAGCAGCCUGCUUUGUCUUUGGAUUGUGUUUAUUUGCUUAAUUUCCGUCACAAUAAGGGAGUAGUAACAGACUGAACAUACCGGAUGACAAGAGCAAACACUGUGUUCGAUUGGAUUUACAGUGGGGAAAGAAACAAAGGGAUAGUACCUGACGCAACCAGCCCGGGUUUUUUCUUCAAUAAACUUAUUUGCGGCAACUGGGGGUGUACCUUGAUAGGAUACUGGUGCAGCUGGGGAGAAGGGUACAGUGCAUCUUCAAGCUUUGCAGCCAGCUGGAUUUACUUUGGAAAGGAGAUCCCAGCUCGUGUGGGGGCUCGUGGAUGUGUGCCGCGUGAGCCCUCUCUUUGCUUGCAGCGACCAUCCUCUCAUUGUGACCCGUGCUACUCCUGAGGGCUGUAGGAAAAGAAAGUCCGGAAAACUUCUUGCACUUAAGGCGUAAUCUGUACCUACAAAAAAUAGCUCAUCCCAGGAUGUAUGUGUUAGCAGUUUGCCUCAGACCUCCUCUAUAGAAGCAUUUGAAUGGGACAGGAAAAUAACAGUAAAUGAUCCCUGAACGUGGAUAUCAAAAUGAAAGAAAACAAGGUUACUGUUAUUAAAUCCUGACAUAUGAGGGCUGAGGAAAAGAUUAUGGAUGUUUUAGGUGGCACUCAGGAUGCGUCAUCUACAUUAUUGCAGCAUGGGUAUUUUAACAAGGUUUUCCAAGCAGGAGUGGAUCUAGAUGCUUCCAGGGCAAUGAAAGUCUCAGAAUUUGAGGACUGUGAUGCCAAGGUAGAAAAUGAAGAACCGGGCAUAUGUAUGAAAAGAGCAAAACAUGCUAAAAUUUUUGGAUUUUUAAGUAAAAGAAAAUCUCCGGGUAAUGCAAAAAGACCUCAGUCCAUGAUCAUUCUCGAAGAAUGUUCUAAGCCAAAAUCCAGAAUAUCUUUAAUAGAUAGAGUGAGGGCUUUUAAAAGGAUGAGGAACUCGUCUUCAGCAAAUCAUCAUAACAAGAACUCAAAAAAUAAAAUUGCAAAUACUCUUAGUGAAGAAAAAGAUGCAGUGCAGAAUGGAGAUGUUCGAUUUCAUAAGGUGCUAGAUGGCCAAAAACUUUUUAGGCAUUCUUACGCAGGGUACUCAAAAGAAUUUGAUUGUUCCUUUGAAGACAUAGAAUUGAAUUCUGCAAUUUCAGAAGCUGACACCAAUGAAAAUAAAUGGCUUAGGACAAUUGAUGCUGAAAAAUGUGAGAAACCCAAUGAAAAACAUGUAACAAAAAUUACAAAUGGCAAGAAGUUUCCAUUAGACCAAACAGACAACAGCAUGUCUGUUAUUCCAGAGAAUGAUAGUGAAAGAUUGUACACCAAGGCUCAGCAGGAAAGCAGAAAAAGAAGAGGUUCUGAUAUCUGGUCAUAUCUGAAAGGCAUUUCAUUAGCAAGCAGAAGAAAUUCCAAGCUGUUAGAUCAGAGUAUAGACAGUGAGUUUCACAACAUAGAAAAGUCACAAGAUAAUGUGUCUGUAGACCUAGAACUUGAUGCAAAAUAUGAGGAGAGCCAUAAUGAGUUAGAACAAUCUGGCAGUUCAGCCAGGGGAAGCCACUUCAGCACUGUCAUUCGCUUUUUCAACAGUGUGGCAGAAGCUGCAAGGAGGUGGCGGACACCAUCAAGAAAUCACAUGCAGACGGAUAACUCCUUUUUGCCCACCAAGAACCAAAGACAAGGAUAUUACUCUAAGGAGACUUCUUUUAUCAUUGAAAAUGAGACUAUAAAACCUGACUCAGUUGUUGGACCAACUCAGCAUUCCGAUUUUAUGCUGUCAGGAUGCUUUGGCCAUGUGGAUGUGUCGGAAAACUGUUCAGACUCUCAUCAGUCUUCCCCCUCAUCUACCAGAACCCUAAAACAAGGAAGCGGCUCUCAGGUAGUGUGUUUGGUCAUUGAAAAUGAGCACAUAGAACCUGCCAUGACCUCUGUUCCAUCAAGCCAUCCCAGCCUUGAAAUCUCUCUAGAACAAGAACUGUCUCAGGGAAAUGUAGAGACAGUGAUGUCUGAAAGAGCAUGCCAUUUAGAAGUUUCACUCCCCCCGAGUGAAAGUGAUUGCACUAUCAGUACUGUGUGCCCUUCUGAAGAACCACAUGAUGCUGUGAUUGGUGCUAUGUUGUCAGAUGGCAGCAAAAAAAUAAACUCCACUGUGUCUAUUGGAUAUACAUGCUUAAAUGAUGAAGAUAAUAUGCUGCAGGAACAGCAGUGUAAAGAACAUUCUAGAAUUGAGGAUCCUAAAGACAGUACAGAAAACCAAGCCCAUAAACCAAGCACUGACCAGGAAUGGGAAGAGGUUGACCUCAGUAAUGUCGAUCUUACCCAUGAUGGACUUUCUAACCAGAUGCAGACCAUCAGUUCCUCUACAGUUAUCUUAUGUACCCGGGGUGACAAAGAAAAGGAUAUGAUUGAAGAACUCCUUCAAGGCAGAACAAAAGACACAGUCAGUGAUCUGCAGAUCAGCCCUUUGAAAGUCUCCUCUCCCAGAUGGAAAAAACAACGUCCAUCAUCAAUUUGUAGUCAAUUGUCAGGCAUGCAGUGUUCAAUCCCAGAAGAAGACUCUUCCGUUUUGGAUGAUGACAGAGAAGACAAUGCAGAUGAGUCAGAAAAGCCAGAUGAGGAAAGAGUAAAGGAAUGCACAUUAGCCAACACAUCUGAAACUAAGGCCUGUAACAAUAUUCUGAGGCAGAGGCCUUUCUCUGUGAUAGGUGGCUCUACAUUGGAACAAACAGAAGGGCUGCUUCCAUCCCAACCUUUGUCUCAUCCUUGUCACCCAUCAAGCCAAGUGCCAGCGUACAAGCUGCUACUGGACAGGUGUCAUUCCUUGCCCCUGUCUCAGAGUACACCAAUUGGAUUGGAUCAGGUUGGAUGGAGACUGCAAAUGUCACAGAGGAGAGCUGAGGCCGCCUUUCGUUCAAAUACAACUGGAAAUCAUGGCAUUAGAGCUACCACACAGAGCAGCUGGAAACCAUUGAAACUAGGUGCAGAGCAACGUCUAGUUAAUAAACUGAUCAGUGGUGGUUCUAUUGUAAGUGCAGAGGCAGUAUGGGAUCACGUCACCAUGGCCGACCGGGAGUUGGCAUUUAAAGCAGGCGACGUUAUCAAGGUUCUGGAUGCUUCCAACAAGGAUUGGUGGUGGGGUCAAAUAGAUGAUGAGGAAGGAUGGUUUCCAGCCAGUUUUGUGAGGCUGUGGGUAAACCAAGAAGAUGGAGUAGAGGAAGGAACCAGCGAGGUACAAAAUGGACACCUGGACCCAAACUCCGACUGCCUUUGUAUCGGCAGACCCCUUCAGAACCGGGACCAGAUGAGAGCCAAUGUUAUCAAUGAAAUAAUGAGUACUGAACGGCACUAUAUUAAACACCUUAAAGACAUCUGUGAGGGGUACUUAAAGCAAUGCCGGAAGCGAAGAGACAUGUUUAAUGAUGAGCAACUGAAGGUGAUAUUUGGAAAUAUUGAAGACAUUUACAGAUUUCAGAUGGGCUUUGUCCGAGAUUUGGAGAAACAGUACAAUAAUGAAGAACCCCAUCUCAGUGAAAUUGGACCCUGCUUUCUUGAACAUCAAGAUGGUUUCUGGAUAUAUUCCGAAUAUUGUAAUAAUCACUUGGAUGCCUGCAUGGAACUCUCCAAGCUGAUGAAGGAUGGCAGAUACCAGCAUUUCUUCGAAGCUUGUCGCCUGCUGCAACAGAUGAUUGACAUUGCAAUUGAUGGUUUCCUUCUAACGCCAGUGCAGAAGAUCUGUAAAUAUUCCUUACAGCUGGCAGAAUUACUGAAGUACACGUCACAGGAUCACAGUGACUAUAGGUACGUCGCUGCAGCCCUUGCAGUCAUGAGGAAUGUGACUCAACAGAUCAAUGAACGGAAGAGAAGGCUGGAAAAUAUUGACAAGAUUGCACAGUGGCAGGCCUCUGUCCUUGACUGGGAGGGAGAUGAUAUUUUGGAUAGAAGUUCAGAACUAAUAUAUACUGGUGAAAUGUCCUGGAUUUAUCAGCCCUAUGGACGGACUCAGCAAAGAGUUUUCUUCUUGUUUGAUCAUCAGUUGAUUCUCUGUAAAAAGGAUUUGAUACGAAGGGAUAGCCUUUACUACAAAGGUCGCAUCAAUAUGGAUCGGUAUGAUGUCCAAGACGUGGAUGACGGCAGGGAUGAGGACUUCAAUGUCAGUGUGAAGAAUGCCUUCAAGCUUCGUAACAAGGACACGGAGGAAGUGCACUUAUUCUUCGCAAAGAAGCUGGAGGAGAAACUGAGGUGGCUCAGGGCAUUCCGGGAAGAAAGGAAGAUGGUGCAGGAAGAUGAAAAAAUCGGGUUUGAAAUUUCUGAAUAUCAGAAAAGACAAGCUGCAAUGACUGUAAGAAAAGCAAGUAAGCAGAAAGGAGUAAGCCACUCGAAAUCAGUACCUCCAUCGUACCCACCUCCACAGGAUCCACUAAAUCAGGGACAAUACAUGGUAACGGAUGGAAUAUCUCAAUCUCAAGUGUUUGAGUUUGCUGAACCCAAACGUAGCCAGUCACCUUUCUGGCAGAACUUCAGCAGGUUGACGCCAUUCAAAAAAUAAUAUAUAGAGAAAAAAUAUAUAUAUUAUAUAAAUAUGAUAAAAUAUAUAUUUAUAGAAGGACCUUUUUUCUGGAGAUGCACUGCUGCAAGGAAUAUACAUAACAGAAGGACCAAAAAAUUUUAAAAAGAAUAUAUAUGUGUACAUUCAUAUAUAUAUAUAUAUAUAUAUAUAUAUAUAUAUAUAUAUAUAUAUAUAUAUGUAUACAUAUCCAAUAUGUAUAGACUUUGGAAAGGACUGUGCUGUCACUACUCAAAACAUCAACAGACUUCUGAGUGUGUGAUCUGCUAUAAUUUUAGCCAAAAUCUAUUUCGUCCCCUCCUUUUCUCCAUCAGGAUUUCUUACGUGUCACUACAUCAUCAGAGUAACACACAAACAGCUAUGUUCUGAACUUAUUGGGCUCACAAAGACAAACACAACAACAAGAUGUCUGUACUUUUCUGUCGUGCCAACCUGGAGUGUACAUUGUAGGGCACUGUGAUACUACUACUAGGUAUUUUUAUUGCUUUAACAGUUUUGUCAGUGCUCUCUGGGGGAUGGGGAAACUGCCAAUUAUCAUGUGAUAAAAUUAUUCUAUUUAAUACAAAUAUUUUUGUUUUUGAGGCAUUGAUCAUAUUUCUUCCAGUUGCUGCAUGAACUUGUACUUUUCACUCAUGAAGAAAGACAUCCAGUACAUUUUCUCAAGAGUGUUUUUUUUUCUGAAAACACCAUUUUUUUGAGAGAGAGAGAGAGAGAGAGACACUUCAUUCCUCAUGGCUAUUCUUGGAUCUAGUCCUGUAGAUGACAUAAGAAUUCUUCAAAGAAUCUCUUACAUAUAAUACAAAGAUGGAAGAUACAGUGAAAUGGCAUUACAGAAAGAUAUCCCCUAUUUAGAACUUACAGCUGUGUAUUAGUUAAUUUCCUUUCCUUGUUCAGUUCUCUGAAGAAAACACUGAUUUUGCCUGAUAAAAAUGUAUACAUGGUGGUAUAGAGAAAAAUGCAGUACUCACUAUAUCUUUUCCUGAAAUUGUAUUCUUUAAUUAUGAGUUCUGGUUUUGCAGUUAGCAUAUUUUGGAACUAAUGUCAGUCCCCACUGCCUUUAUUUAUUUAUUUUUUUCCAGAGCUGAAGGACAGUGUUCAUUUAAGAUGGACUACCAGUUUAUUUCAUUCAGGGAAUUGUUUUUCCUAAACCUUUUCUGACUGCACAUACCUUGUAGGGUCACAGUAACAGUACAUCAUUUAACUAAAUGUUCAUUUGAAAAUAGUCACGAUUUGUAGUACAGCUUAGUUCUUGUGGUGUGGCACUGACUAGCCUGUUUAUUUAUUUUUAACUGAUGAAAAAUGAAAGUUUUUUUUUCAAAAAAAUCAGUUUGUCAGAUUGCAGCCUUGCAUGUAUAUGAACAUUUUGUACCACUGUCUGUAUUGAUUUAUUCAGUUAUAUUUUAUUCAUAUUUUCUUGCAAGCUUUCUGUAUUUUAAGUCUGCAUUAACAUUGUUCUUAGACAGCAAAAUAAUUAAAGGAGCACAACAGUUUUUACAACUGCA